AUGCUCAGAUUAUGCCGGCCAAUCUGGGGGGCUCGGGGUCUAUCAAAAACAGUCAAAACGACCGACUACAAGAUAAAUACCACUAACAUCCCAGAAAACUCAGUCAUAUUCAGUAUGGUUCAACCAACAGGCAGGUUCCAUUUGGGAAACUACCUUGGAUCAGUGAGAGUUUGGAAAGACUUGUGCGAUUUAAAAAGGCCUGAUUGUAAGCUCAUCUUUGGAGUUGCAGACUUGCAUGCCAUCACGAUUCCAAUUCCAAACGGACAGAAAUUGCGACAAAAUCGAGCAGAAGCUACAGCAAGUAUUUUGUCGCUGGGGAUCGACCCUUCAAAGGCGAUUAUUUUCAACCAGUCGCAAGUACAUCAACAUGCGGAGCUUCACUGGCUUUUGUCUACGUUGGCACCUAUGGGGCUCUUGAACCGCAUGACACAAUGGAAGUCCAAAUCCAAUCUCAAAUACGGCGCAGAUGAAGAAUCCUUAGGAAAUGUGAAAUUGGGACUCUUUUCGUAUCCAGUCUUACAGGCAGCGGAUAUACUACUUUAUCACUCAACACACGUCCCGGUGGGCGACGAUCAAGCCCAGCACUUGGAGUUGGCCCGUACACUAGGUCAAAGCUUUAACAGAAUGUUCAAAAAAGAAGCUCUGGUUCUACCAACUACCAUUCUGGCCCCCACAAAGCGUAUCUUAAGCCUGCUGGACCCAACAAGCAAGAUGUCCAAAAGCGAUUCUAAUCAAAAUGCUACAAUAUACCUGAAUGAGGAACCUGACUCUAUAGUCAACAAAGUCAAAAAGGCCAUGACUGACUCGAUCUCUCAUUCAUUCUAUUACGAUCCGAACACUCGUCCUGCUGUCUCCAAUCUCAUAAAUAUUGUCAGCGGAAUUCAACGAACAUCCAUAUCGGAAGUGGAAAAAGAUAUUUCCCAUUUCAGAAGCCAUAGCGACUUCAAGAAAUAUGUCUCCGAGAUCCUGGUUGAAGCCCUUCGCGAACCGCGAGAGAAUUUCAACAUGUAUAUAAAGGAUCCUCAUUAUUUGGAACAAGUCAGUAAAAAGGGCGCCGAAGCUGCUUCAGAGCUUGCCGAAAAAAACUUGAAACAGAUUAAAGAUUUAAUGGGCUUUUGA